UGGUUGCAAGUGCGGCAUCUCUCCCAGUCCCACGCCUCUCUUUCCUCAACCCUUAUCUCCUAUCCCCUACCCCCACCCACAACUCCAAAAUUACCCAGCGUAACCCUUUCUGCUCCAAAGGCCCACGGAGUUCUAAGGUGCGGAUAAUUAACCCCUUUUCUCUGAACCUGGCUAAAUAGUCUCACUUUAGGAUAAAGCCUCACACUUUCGCCUUAAAGCCCCCGGCCCCUUACGCGCAGACAGGUAGGGGGAGUGCGAAUACUACUGGAUCCUAGGAAAUUGGUUCCCAAGAAGGCUUCAUCCAGGAUCGCCCGGUACGGAGAAGUAUUCCAGGAGCCCUCUGUUCUGCGGGGUGACAAUUAGCCAAAGAUUAUUUCUCUUUAUUCAGAAGCAUACAGUUGUUUGCUGAUUGCAAGAAGAUGUUUCUUUGGCUGUUUCUGAUUUUGUCAGCCCUGAUUUCUUCAACAAAUGCAGAUUCUGACAUAUCGGUGGAAAUUUGCAAUGUGUGCUCCUGCGUGUCAGUUGAGAAUGUGCUCUAUGUCAACUGUGAGAAGGUUUCAGUCUACAGACCAAAUCAGUUGAAACCACCUUGGUCUAAUUUUUAUCACCUCAAUUUCCAAAACAAUUUUUUAAAUAUUCUGUAUCCAAAUACAUUCUUGAAUUUUUCACAUGCAGUAUCCCUGCAUCUGGGAAAUAAUAAACUGCAGAACAUUGAGGGAGGAGCCUUUCUUGGGCUCAGUGCAUUAAAGCAGUUGCACUUGAACAACAAUGAAUUAAAGAUUCUCCGAGCUGAUACUUUCCUUGGCAUAGAGAACUUGGAGUAUCUCCAGGCUGACUACAAUUUAAUCAAGUAUAUUGAACGAGGAGCCUUCAAUAAGCUCCACAAACUGAAAGUUCUCAUUCUUAAUGACAAUCUGAUUUCAUUCCUUCCUGAUAAUAUUUUCCGAUUCGCAUCUUUGACCCAUCUGGAUAUACGAGGGAACAGAAUCCAGAAGCUCCCUUAUAUCGGAGUUCUGGAACACAUUGGCCGUGUCGUCGAACUGCAACUAGAAGAUAACCCUUGGAACUGUAGCUGUGAUUUGUUGCCUUUAAAAGCUUGGCUGGAGAACAUGCCAUAUAACAUUUACAUAGGAGAAGCUAUCUGUGAAACUCCCAGUGACUUAUAUGGAAGGCUUUUAAAAGAAACCAACAAACAAGAAUUAUGCCCCAUGGGCACUGGCAGUGAUUUUGAUGUGCGCAUCCUGCCUCCAUCUCAGCUGGAAAAUGGCUACACCACUCCCAAUGGUCACACUACCCAAACAUCUUUACACAGAUUAGUAACUAAACCACCAAAAACAACAAAUCCUUCCAAGAUCUCUGGAAUCGUGGCAGGCAAAGCGCUCUCCAAUCGCAAUCUCAGUCAGAUUGUGUCUUACCAAACAAGGGUGCCUCCUCUAACACCUUGCCCGACCCCUUGCUUCUGCAAAACACAUCCUUCAGAUUUGGGACUGAGUGUGAACUGCCAAGAGAAAAAUAUACAGUCUAUGUCUGAAUUGAUGCCAAAACCUUUAAAUGCCAAGAAGCUGCAUGUCAAUGGCAAUAGCAUCAAGGACGUGGACAUGUCAGACUUCACUGACUUUGAAGGACUGGAUUUGCUUCAUUUAGGCAGCAAUCAAAUUACAGUGAUUAAGGGAGACGUAUUUCACAAUCUUACUAAUUUACGCAGGCUAUAUCUCAAUGGCAAUCAAAUUGAAAGACUCUCUCCUGAAAUAUUUUCAGGUCUUCAUAAUCUGCAGUAUCUGUAUUUGGAAUACAAUUUGAUUAAGGAAAUCUUAGCAGGUACUUUUGACUCAAUGCCAAAUUUGCAGUUACUGUACUUAAACAAUAAUCUCCUAAAGAGCCUGCCUGUUUACAUUUUUUCAGGAGCACCCUUAGCUAGACUGAACCUGAGGAACAAUAAAUUCAUGUACCUACCUGUCAGUGGGGUCCUUGAUCAGUUGCAGUCUCUUACACAGAUUGACUUGGAGGGCAACCCAUGGGACUGUACUUGUGACUUGGUAGCAUUAAAGCUGUGGCUGGAGAAGUUGAGUGAUGGGAUUGUUGUAAAAGAACUGAAAUGUGAGACGCCCGUUCAGUUUGCCAAUAUUGAACUGAAGUCCCUCAAAAAUGAAAUCUUAUGUCCCAAACUUUUAAAUAAGCCGUCUGCACCAUUCACGAGCCCGGCACCUGCCAUUACAUUCACCACUCCUUUGGGUCCCAUUCGAAGUCCUCCUGGUGGCCCAGUGCCUCUGUCUAUUUUAAUCUUAAGUAUCUUAGUGGUUCUCAUUUUAACUGUGUUUGUUGCUUUCUGCCUUCUUGUUUUUGUUCUGCGACGCAACAAGAAACCCACAGUGAAGCACGAAGGCCUGGGGAAUCCUGAAUGUGGCUCCAUGCAGCUGCAGCUAAGGAAGCAUGACCACAAAACCAGUAAAAAGGAUGGACUGAGCACAGAAGCUUUCAUUCCACAAACUAUAGAGCAGAUGAGCAAGAGCCACACUUGUGGCUUGAAAGAGUCAGAAACUGGGUUCAUGUUUUCAGAUCCUCCAGGACAGAAGGUUGUUAUGAGAAAUGUGGCUGACAAGGAGAAAGAUUUAUUACAUGUGGAUACCAGGAAGAGGCUGAGCACAAUUGAUGAGCUGGAUGAAUUAUUCCCUAGCAGGGAUUCCAAUGUGUUUAUUCAGAAUUUUCUUGAAAGCAAAAAAGAAUAUAAUAGCAUAGGUGUCAGUGGUUUUGAGAUCCGCUAUCCAGAGAAACAACCAGACAAAAAAAAUAAGAAGUCACUGAUAGGUGGCAACCACAGUAAAAUUGUCGUGGAACAAAGGAAGAGUGAGUAUUUUGAACUGAAGGCAAAACUGCAGAGUUCCCCUGACUACCUACAGGUUCUCGAGGAGCAAACAGCUUUGAACAAGAUCUAGGCCAUGUAAUCUUACUUCAUACAAAGGACAUUUAUUUAAUGAUGAAAGUGCCUUUUGUUGACUUCUAACUUCCAAAUACUAUAUUAUCAAUAGGCAUAGAGGCAGGUGUUUCCAAGGGUAUCUCAUUAACUGUAGCUGCAAUGAUGUGUCAAGUAGAAGAGAAUUUGUUUAAUAGAUUUUACUACAUAAAACCUAUACUGUGGAGUCCUGUGGGGAUACUGCAAACUCUAUUGCCAAAGGGAUGCUUUAUACACAUAAUAGUGAAUUUAACCUCAAGAGGCAAAUCUGUUUUGUACCCCAAUGCAAAACCUUCGUCUCUUUGUGCUUUGUAAAGCAAACUCAAGAAAACCGGUACAGAUAUUUGUACCUCAGCUGGGUCCUUUAUCUUGCACGUAGAUUAAAUUGGUGGAACUGGAAUAAUACUUUUGAUUUGUGGCAUUGUAACAACUCCGUGUAAAGAUUAUCUGAAAAGUAAAAA